CGGCACAGGAAGGAGACGUAACCCGCAAGAAGAAGGCGUGCAUUGCUUGCUGUUUGCUGCAGAUUGCCAGGCUGUUGUUCCUCGGUCUAGAAGGUUACCGGGCGGGCCCCUUUUUGCACAUAGGAAAUCUUUUGCGUGCAAGAAGGCGCUUUUGAUAAAGGAGGCGGCCAAAAGCUGCGAGGAAGAGUGGAGGCUGGGGACGAGGGGAGCAACGGCUUCUGAGUUGAUUCUGUAGAAGAUAUGGCUGCAACCCUGACCCGAGGCGCUACUCUUUCGAUCUCCCACCUUUCUUUCAGCUCACAGAUUCAGUGCAGGCAACAGGAGUCGGAGUGUCUGUCGACAGUAUUCCGCAAGAAGCACGUGUCCUCUCUGGGAAGCCUUCAGGCCAUUGCAAAGAGGGCUGCUCUUCCAAGGUACCAAGGGCUAAGGACCGCUACACUCCUUACCAGAUCAAAGUGCCCCAGUCAGGUCUCUUCUUCAGGAUUGGAGAAAACGAGGUAUGGCAGCAAAGAAGUCAGAGCAGCCGCUGUCUCAGCGGCAAGGCCAGACACAGUGGAGCCCAUCCAGGUGGCUGAUCUGGAGGAUAUCUUGAAGGAGAAGGGAGAAUGUGGGGUUGGGUACAUUGCCAACAUCAAGAACAAGGCCAGCCACAAGAUUGUGCAGCAGGCUUUGACUGCCCUUGGUUGUAUGGAGCAUCGGGGGGGUUGCAGUGCAGACAAUGAUUCAGGGGAUGGCGCGGGGAUCAUGACCAAGAUUCCCUGGGCCCUGUUCCAGGAAUACUUCAAGGAAAAGGGUCUGCCUCCUCUUGAUGAGAAGCAGACCGGGGUUGGAAUGCUGUUCCUUCCUAAGGAUCCUGAGGACACAAAGGCGGCGAAAGCUUUGAUUGAGAAGGUGCUGUCAGAGGAGCAUCUGGAGGUGUUGGGCUGGCGGGAGGUGCCGAUUGAUGAGUCCGUCGUGGGCCCGAUUGCGCACAAGGAGAUGCCGCACAUCGAGCAGUUGUUUGUGAAGGUAUCGCUCAAGGAGGGCGACACUCAGAAGGACGUGGACAGAGAGCUCUUUAUCACGCACAAGCAGGUGGAGCGCCUGGCCGAAAAGGAAGCCUGGGGCGAUGACCUGUACUUCUGCACGUUCAGCAAUCAGGUGAUUGUAUACAAGGGCAUGCUGCGCUCCGUGGUCCUGCGCAACUUCUACCUGGACCUGCAGGACGAGCGCUAUGCGAGCAGCUUUGCCAUCUAUCACCGCCGCUUCAGCACCAACACCACCCCCAAGUGGCCGCUCGCACAGCCCAUGCGCUUCCUGGGGCACAACGGCGAGAUCAACACGCUGCAGGGCAACUUGAACUGGAUGAGGUCUCGGGAGGCGACGCUGAGCCACCCCAUCUGGCGGGGGCGCGAGAAGGAAUUUAAGCCGAUUGGCAGCGGCAAGGCGAGUGACAGCGCCAACCUGGACAUGGUGGCCGAGGUGCUGGUGCACAGCGGCAGGACCCCCGAGGAGACCAUGAUGAUGCUCGUGCCUGAGGCGUACAAGAACCACCCUACGCUGCAGAUCAAGUACCCAGAGAUUGUUGACUUCUAUGAGUACUACAAGGGCCAGAUGGAGGCGUGGGACGGUCCUGCCCUGCUGGUGUUUAGCAAUGGCAGCCAGGUUGGAUGCUGCCUCGACCGCAACGGCCUUAGGCCUGCACGGUACUGGAAGACCAACGAUGACACGGUUUACGUGGCCAGUGAGGUCGGUGUGUUGGACAUUGACCCUGCCAAUGUGACGAUGAAGGGGCGUUUGGGGCCUGGCAUGAUGAUCCUGGCUGAUCUGGAGACCGGAGAGGUUCUGGAGAACACGGCUGUGAAGCGGCGCGUGGCCUCCAAGUACCCGUACCACGACUGGAUGGCUGCGGCCCGCUCCUUGAACGGGGGCGGCUUCCUGGGUGGCCCCACUAAGGACGCGGAUGAGGUGCUGCGGAUGCAGAACACGUUUGGGUACUCAGUGGAGGACACGCAGAUGGUGAUUGAGGCCAUGGCCAGCCAGGGCAAGGAGCCCACGUUCUGCAUGGGCGACGACAUCCCGUUGGCGGUCCUCUCGGCCCGGCCGCACAUGCUGUACGAUUACUUCAAGCAGCGCUUUGCGCAGGUGACCAACCCUGCUAUCGACCCCCUCCGUGAGGGUCUCGUCAUGGGCCUGGAUGUAAACAUUGGCAAGCGUGGCAACCUGCUGGACGUAGGUCCUGACAACGUGGCCAGCCAGGUCCGUCUGUCCUCUCCCUUCCUGACCGAGACCGAGCUGGACGACCUGGCUGCGGACCCCGUUCUGAAGGGCGUUCGCUUGCCCGCCUUCUUCGACGCGUCCGGAGACGCCGCAGGCUCUCUGAAGAAGGGCCUUGACGCUCUCUGCGAGGCAGCGGACAAGGCAGUCAAGGAUGGUGCAGAGCUGCUCAUCCUUUCCGACAGGGACGACAACCUGGACGUCUCGCGACCGGCCAUCCCAAUGAUGCUGGCGGUGGGCGCUGUGCACCACCACCUGAUCUCCAACGGGCUGCGCAUGCAAGCCUCCAUCGUGGCUGACACCGCCCAGUGCUUCAGCACCCACCACUUUGCGUGCCUCAUCGGUUAUGGUGCCAGCGCGGUGUGCCCGUACCUGGCCCUCGAGACUUGCCGGCAGUGGCGCGCGAACUCCAAGACGGAAGGGUUGAUGAAGCGGGGCAAGAUUCCAAUGACGACCAACGAGCAGGCGCAGGGCAACUACAAGAAGGCCAUCAACGGCGGGCUCAAGAAGAUUCUUUCCAAGAUGGGCAUCUCGCUUCUCUCUAGUUACAACGGCGCACAGAUCUUCGAAGUCUACGGCCUCGGCAAGGACGUGAUUGACUACGCGUUCCGCGGGUCUGUCAGCCGCAUCGGGGGGCUGACGCUGGACGAAUUGGCCAAGGAGGCGGUGGCGUUCUGGGUGAAGGGCUUCUCGGCAGAGGCGAUCAAGAAGCUGGACAACUUCGGGUUUAUCCAAUUCCGGCCGGGUGGCGAGUACCACGGAAACAACCCCGAGAUGAGCAAGCUGCUGCACAAGGCGGUCCGCGAGAAGAACUCCGACGCGUACGCCGUCUAUCAGGAGCACCUCAGCAAGCGGCCCGUCAACGUGUUGCGCGACAUGCUGGAGAUCAAGAGCGACCGGGAGCCGAUUCCUCUAGAGAAGGUGGAGUCUGCGACCUCGAUUGUGGAGCGCUUCUGCACGGGCGGGAUGUCCCUGGGCGCCAUUUCUCGGGAGACGCACGAAGCGAUUGCGAUUGCCAUGAACCGUAUCGGGGGCAAGUCCAACUCCGGGGAGGGUGGGGAGGACCCGGUUCGGUGGGAGAAGCUGAGCAACGUGGACGCUGAGGGGCAGUCUGCGACGUUGCCACACCUGCGGGGGCUACAGAACGGGGACACAGCGGGCAGCGCCAUCAAGCAGGUCGCUUCCGGCCGGUUCGGUGUGACCCCGAAUUUCUUAGCGAAUGCGGACCAGGUCGAAAUCAAAAUCGCCCAGGGGGCGAAGCCCGGGGAGGGCGGUCAGCUGCCCGGCAAGAAAGUCAGCCCGUACAUUGCGUGGCUCAGGAACUCCAAGGCUGGGGUCACCCUAAUUAGCCCGCCCCCGCAUCAUGACAUUUACUCCAUUGAGGAUCUUGCACAGCUCAUCUACGAUCUUCACCAGGUGAAUCCCCGCGCCAAGGUGUCAGUGAAGCUCGUCGCAGAGGCCGGCAUCGGCACAGUCGCGAGCGGCGUGGCCAAGGCCAAUGCUGACAUCAUCCAGAUUUCGGGGCACGACGGCGGCACCGGCGCAUCCCCCAUCAGCUCUAUUAAGCACGCAGGCGGGCCCUGGGAGAUGGGCCUGACCGAGACGCACCAGCAGCUACUGGCCAACGGGCUGCGCGAGCGCGUGGUUCUGCGCGUGGACGGGGGCUUCAAGAGCGGGGCUGACGUCAUGAUGGGCGCGCUCAUGGGGGCUGACGAGUAUGGGUUUGGGAGCGUUGCCAUGAUUGCCACGGGCUGCAUCAUGGCCCGUAUCUGCCACACCAACAACUGCCCCGUUGGAGUGGCCAGCCAGCGGGAGGAGCUGCGCGCGCGCUUCCCAGGAGUGCCUGGGGACCUGGUCAACUUCUUCUUGUACGUGGCGGAGGAGGUGCGCAGCACCAUGGCUAGCUUGGGCUACGAGAAGAUGGACGACAUCAUCGGUCGCACGGACCUGCUGCAGCCGCGCGCGGACGCCGUCUUGGAGAAGACGGACAGCAUCGACAUGAGCUUCCUGAUGCCCCCCCUCACAGAGUCCGGCAGCAGCACCGAGCGGCGGCGGCAGCCCGUGCACACCAAUGGGCCCGUCCUCGACGACGAGCUCCUGGCCGACCCGGAGAUCCGGGCCGCUAUUGACGAGGAGAAGGUCGCGUCCAAGACCGUCAAGGUCGUCAAUGUCGACCGCUCCACGGGAGGGCGGGUUGCGGGCGCGAUCGCCAAAAAGUACGGCGACUCUGGGUUUGCGGGCGAACUCAACUUGACCUUUGAAGGCAGCGCCGGGCAGUCGUUCGGCUGCUUCCUAGUGUCUGGCUUAAACAUUAAACUCAUCGGGGAGGCCAACGACUACGUUGGCAAGGGCAUGGCCGGGGGCGAGAUUGCGAUCGUUCUGCACCCGCGGUCGACCUUUGCGGCCAAGGAUGCGAUCAUUGUCGGGAACACGUGUUUGUAUGGCGCGACCGGGGGGCAGUUGUUUGUGAACGGGAUGGCCGGGGAGCGGUUUGCGGUGCGGAACAGCAUGGCAGAAACGGUGGUCGAGGGCACGGGGGACCACUGCUGCGAGUACAUGACCGGCGGGUGUGUGGUCAGCUUGGGCAAGGUGGGCCGCAACGUAGCGGCGGGCAUGACGGGCGGACUCGGCUACUUCCUGGACGAGGACGGCACGUUCGAGUCCAAGGUAAACAAGGAGAUCGUUGCUAUGCAAAGAGUUGGCACUGCGGCUGGGGAAACACAACUGCGGAGGCUGAUCGAGGCGCAUGUAGACAAAACGAACAGUGCAAAAGGCAAGCAGAUUCUUGAUAGCUGGGAUGCUUACUUACCGAAGUUCUGGCAAUUAGUUCCGCCCAGUGAAGCUAACUCGCCCGAGGCUAAUGCAGCACUCAAAGCAGCGGGAGGGCCAUUGGUUGCCCAGUCGGCAUAGGAACAACUACCAUUCUUAUUUGAUUACAGACUUUGUAAUCUUUGUUUAUCGUCCACUUAAAACAGUAGUAAAAACUGGGAGUGGACCUAUGCCUUGGGCAUUUUACGAAAAUGGAACUUAUGUCUUGUACAAAAAGGAAGUUUGCUUUAUUCAACAUGUUCAAUUGAAAUUUUGAGAUUCCUGACGAAUCAUGUGACG